UUGGCGUGUCCCAAGUGAUAGUCAUAAUUCUGUUCAGUACGAUUAUCAAACUAUGAAAAUCCAGCUUCUGCUACUUUCCAUGAUAUUUUUAGAAGGUUUUGGAUCUCUGUCGGUUUCUCAGCCUGCAUUCAAAGGAAAAAACGCAUCGCUGACAUGCUAUUUUGAAUUUACACCGGUGAAAAUUGUAAAAUGGUUUCAUGAUGAUAAUGUUGAAGGAAUAUGCGAAAAUACGGGAAGGUGUUAUAACGUGACUAACGAAAGAUACUUUUUCGAAAGACAUUUUGAUCAAUCAAUUCUUCGCAUCAGAGAUUCUGCAUAUUCAAUCGAUCAAGGAAAAUGGAGUUGUGAGAUUGAUGAUCAGUGGAAAUUUUCAAAAGAAUUAGUGGUAUACUCUCUACCAUCUGCGUUUGAUUUUGAAAAUCCGCCACCAUCUGGAUCAAGGGUUCCUGAAAGUGGGAUAUUACUGGAAGCAAAGGCUGUCUGCGUUUUCCCUAAAGGCGGGGAUGUUAAACUCCAGUACAUGAUUGCGGGUGACUCGGUUUACAACAAUUUUCAAAGAUCGGGUAGACAAAUGGAAACAUUUUACAGUGACAGUGAUGACUACAAUUGCCUUCAACAUGAACAUAUAGCGAUUUCGCGAAUCAAAGUUGAAAGGGGUGAUUUUCAACUCGACUCGAUGUUCCGAUUUCUGUACAAGUACAAUGAAGUUGAGAAUACCACUAUAUCCAAGUCCGCCAUAGAUCUAAUAUUUUCAGAUCGACCAUGUGAUUCAAAUCCAUGUAAAAAUAACGGUACUUGCAGUAACAAGUCCCUUAAAGAAUAUUAUUGUAAAUGUGGACCACACUAUACUGGAGUAGAUUGUACGGAAAAGGUUGAUCCUUGCAGUUACGGACCAUGCAAGAAUGGUGGAACAUGCCAUAGUAACAUCAAAGAAUUUAAGUGGAAAUGCGACUGUCCUGUGAAGUAUUCUGGUGCAACAUGUGAGCAACAAAUCGAUACAAGCAGUGCAUCCUCCACAACGAAAAGCAUUUUAUCAGUUUUGAUACAUGCUUCUUCGAUGUGGUUGUUGGGAUUCCUUGUUCUAUAUUUGGGAAAUAACAGCAAAAUUCUCAUCUCUAUUGUCAUGUUGAUAUGUGUUCUACAGCACCACUGCUGUUUAACUCAAGGGGGUAUCAUUCCUUUAAGAAUCAAAGGUCAUCCAAGAGAAGGAGAAAAGGGAAUUCUCGAGUGUCCAAUAUAUGCAAUUACCAGUACCGUUGACGUACAGUGGACUUGCAAUGGGAGGAAAAUCUUAUCAUGCAAAAUUCCUCCACAAUCGUGUGAAAGUAAUUUUAGAUACUUUGCAAACAUUAACAAAACAUUGUCACGCCUGACCAUACAUCAAGCCAGCUAUGAGAGAGACGAUGGAACGUGGUCCUGCAUUGUCAACAACCUUACAUCUACGACACGUUUCUAUGUUUACUCUCCACUGCGAGAUUUUCGAUAUACUUCACCAACUGAUUCUUUUGUGGGUAAAGAUGGAAAGGAAUUGUCAGCUUCUCUGGAAUGCGUUUAUCCACCAGAUUUUGAAAAUUUGGUAUUGCAGUAUAGUAUUAAGGGAGUUCAUCAAUUUAAUAAUUUCACGAAAAGAAAAAUAAAGAUCGAAUUCAAAAAAAAUGCCACAACUUCUUGCAAGGAGCAUGAAUUUAAACUUACAGCUCGUAUACAAAUUCUGUGUGAAGAUUUCGAUAACUUAUACGUCAACUUUAAGUUUGUCUACUCGGCAUUCACUGGAGAAAAACGAAGUACGCAGGAGACCGUCUAUAUAAAAUUUCCAGGGCAUCUUGAAUGCAGAGAUAAUGAAAAUGCUGAUGCAUGUGACCAGAAAAACGAUACAAACAAAGAUUCCUUGAAUAAAAAUAAACCUACAACGAAUAAGAAUACGGAUUGUCGCCAAGUACCAUCUGAUUCCUGCAAUACCUGGAAAAUCACAUGCAUAGUGUUUAUAAUAUCAUUCUUCAGUCUUGCAGUAGUCGUCGCCGCAUAUUUAUGGGAAUUUCAUCGGGGCAAAAAAACAAGAGAAGGUAGAGUCAAUCAAUCAAUGCAAAAUGACCCUGAGGAUGAGGAGAUGAUUUAAAAACAAAACAGUGACAGCAAAACAGAUGUAACUGAAACAAGUGAAAGUUAAUAGGACCAGAACUGUUGUAUAUAGAAAGGGAGGGAUAUUGAAGAAGAAUUAUUGUUGGAAGUAUGGAAAUGUAAAUGCUUGAUUGAUAUUGUUGAAAUUAUAAUUAUUUAGAAUAACUCUAAAUUGUAAUGGCCAAUUUCUUAAGACACAAAACGUACAAGCACCAUAGUGUAGAGUUGUUUAAAGGGAAAGGCAACCCAAAAGAUUUUUACAUGAUAAAUGAUAGGAUUAAUCAUAUGAUAAAGAUUUGUCAUACAAUUCUGUUUAUAUAUGGCCUAGAUAAGCUUCAGUACUAAUUUGAAAACGUCAAAAAUUGAAAUUCCAGCGAUCUAUAGAGGCUGCCAUGAUGUGUAACUCUUUCGUAUUCAAUACCACAAAAAUCAAUCAUAUUGACGUCACACCGUCUGCUCCGGUUUUGAUGAGAUUCUAAGACCAUCCAGAGGUGCUUGGGUUCAGGAUCCCCCCCCCCUCUCCGAAUAAACUGCACGAGUUGAUUUAAUUAUUUUUUCUUGAAAAUAUUUCUAGUGCAUGUCAACAACAUCUUGCA